CUUUGCUAGAAAAGAUCGCAACGGGAAGCGUCACGAUGCUGAGCUCGCAGCUCGCGUACCUCCAGGCGCAUGGCGACGACCUUGUGGGCCGACUGCGCCGGGCGAUGGCGCCAUUGGUGACGGCGUCGCUCCCGCCCGAGAUGGACCGCCUCCGCAAGACGCUCGCCAAAGCCUUCCCGGGCCGCGUGCUCGACAAGGAAAAGGACGUGGAGCUGCUCGCGCAGGCCAAGGCGAGCCUCGGGCCGGCGCUCCACGAGCUGCAUACCGCCACGUUGAUGCUGUUGGACUGGAAGCUCGCGGUCGUUGACGUGCUUCGCAGCGUCUGCGUCGAUCUCUCGAUUCUGCACUUUGGCGUGCAUCCCGUGCUCAUGGCAAGCUUCCUGCAGCUGUUUGCGACCUACGUCAAGCUGCACGUGCUCUGGGCGACGCAAGUCGACGUCCGUGGCUACCUCGGCCUGAACGGCGCGCUCGACCAUGGCGUCGAGUCGUUUGUCCUGUGCUUUGCCGACCACCCGUGGCGAGCGCUGCAGGCCGAGCUCAAGGACGAGAUCGCGCCCAAGCUAUGCUCGCUCGUGUGGUCGGCCUACGAAGCGACGGCCGGGUCGCGGGACCUCCUCGCACUGCGCAACCAAGGCUUUUUUGACCUCGAGAAGGCGGCCACCGGCGUGCUGGACCAUGCGGCUGUCUACGACCACCUUCUCUACCACGACGCGAUCGACGAAUGGGUCGUCUUGGCCGCCUUGACGUGUCCCCAGGAGCUCGUGCAGCCUCGAGGCAUGGCGGCGUUCGACGCCGUUGGCAGCACACUCUUUGGUCUCGUGCUCGCCGAGGACCUCACGCUCUCGGUGCAUGAAGUCGUGGCCGACGCCGCCAAGCUCCUCGACGCCAAGCUCAAAAAACUACUUCGCCGCAUCGCCAAGCGUGCGACCUCUGGCAGCGGGUAUCGCCACGCUGAUCGGCGCGCGUUUUGCAUCUGGAGUCUCUCGAGCGUCGUGCACCUCUUGGCACUGGACACGUCGCUUCUCGGGCCGCUCUACCCGAUGGUGCUGGCGAUGACGCACGUGGCGCGUGCUGAAGUGCAGUGGUACGUCGUGCACGCCUACCAAGCAACGCCGGCGCAUCUCAAGGCCAAGCACCAUGCCAAAGCGAGCUUCCUCGACCCGCGGCAGCUCGCCCUUUUGAUUUCGCUACUGCAGCGCGUCGAGGCAGCGACGCGGUCGUCCCAUUCGGUCGUAGAGGUGCAUUACAAGACGAUGCUGGCCUCGUGUAAGGUGCCAGACGUCCCCGCCGACGCCGCCGUCGACCCGCGCGUGGUCGAGAUCCUCACGGCCACACGUCCGCUCGUGGCGUCGGUCAACGCUGCCGGCAGCGACCACGCCCUCGACGACUUUAGCGCCAAUUGGGCCAAGGUGGUCGUCUACUGGAGCUGCAGCGGUGUGACCGUCGACGAACCGUUUGUCGCCGCCAUGCACGCGGUUGACGCCAACGCCCGCCGCGCCAACCGGUUGAGAAUUGCGGCUAGCUUUGCCCGCGCGACGAACCUUGGCCUGCUCGCGCACUACCCCGCGUCGUUGCGCAGUGCAUUUGCGUAUGCGAUCGCGCACGAGCCCGCAAGGACCGUGGACGUGAUGCAGGCCGUGGCCACGUCGCUGCCAUCGCACGCGGGUGACCUCGCAACACGGCUUGUCGACGACUGGCGCGGAGGUCUAGAAGGUCUUUUGCGAUCCGCCUACGAGCAAGCCCUCGCCCUUGCGAUCGCACAGCGAGACGGCGCAACAGCGUCCGGGGGGCGUGCACUGCAGGCGCUUCCACAGCUCUUUGUCGCGUUGCAAACAGCGAACGCCGUCGUUCUUCCUGCGUCAACGCUGGACCCGAGCGCGUUGUUUGGCGAAGCGAUGUCGUCCGUGUUAGCGUCUCUCCUUCGCGACAUGGUGGCGGCUUUGACGCCGCCGCAGACGAUGCAGAUGCGGCUGCAAGUGUUCCGUGAGUGCUUUGCCCGCUACGAUGUGGGCCACGGGAUAGCACUUCAACUACAGCGCGAAUGCGCCAUGUCGAAUGAAGACGUGCACCGUGGCAAUGACCGCUUUGCAUUGGCCAUGGCGCGUCUCUACCUUCGAUUUCUGACCGCGUUGGCUCCGACCGACGACGGGGCGGUCGGCGUGCCGUUCGUGUGGCUCGUGGACGGCUAUGCACGGCGCGACGGUGCGGUCUAUCGAAAGCUCGACGGACUCGACGCCAACGACCUGGCGACGCCGUUGCAGCUGCAGGCCUUGGUCACGGUCGUCGGCGCCGAGGGCUGUCGCGUCUUGUACGCAGGAAUCCUCGACUUUGUGCGGCAGCACAUCUCGCAGCUGCAGCACUGUCUGAGCUUGGACCGUGACGCGCUUGUCGAGUUUGGCAAAAGCCUCCUCUCGUCGCCCAAGACCGCGGUGAAGCGCAUGGCGACCUUGGACAAAGUGACGCAUCACAUGGCUGCCAUCGGACACGCUAUGCACCUCUGCACGAGCCUCAACAUGGCGUCGCAAGCGGUUGCUGCAUCGCCAAUGUCGACGCGUCGUCAAAAGGACGCACCGGACGUCGUCGCCGCGGUCCAGCUGUUUGCAGGCGACGACUGGACGCUCCUCCCGCUCCUCUUGAGCGCGGCCAUGACCAGCGCCUACUGGAAGGACCCGCAGGCGAUGCACGGGGCAAUGGCCGUGGCGUCGGCGCAACUGCUGCUCCUGCGCGUCUUUCGCCCGCCGCUUGUCGUGCCGCUGCCGCGCCACGUGAGCCCGACACAUGCGAUUGAGACGUUCGUGUACGUCCUGGCGACGACGUUGCUGACGCUGCAGCCAUCGAUGCUGUCGUAUCUUGGAGUGGUUGUCGCUGACGAGCGUAGCAUCGACGGCGCGUUCUUGUCGGCCGUCGUGCCCCCCGCAGUCAUCACCGUGAGUCCGAUCCACCUUGUGGGCGAGCUGACCGUGCACCUCGGACGGCGCGACGAGACCCGUGUCGCCAACUAG